UGCUUGAGGAGGACUGAGUCAUUAUAAAUGCAGCCUUGACCUCAGGAGUUGUUUAUCAAGGAUUUUCUUCAAGGACAAAAAGAUUUGUGCUGAUUCAACUCCAGAGCUUUACACCGGGUUGGAUUCUCCAGAUCUAAUUCGCCUUCAGACCUGGAACCAGCAGCACCCUGUGGAAUUAAAAGAUGCCCUGGAACUGGAGUUGCCAGCAAUUGUGAAUUAUCAUGGGAUCAUAGUAUCUGUAUGUGCUGCUUGGCACCCUGCUAACCAGUCAGCAUUUUACUUUCUCCUGGAGCAAACUCUAGUGAGCCUUGUUAGAGAGAACCCAGGACUGGUUGAGACAGACAGGGUAGCUCUGCCUUGGAUGAAACACUGCUGAAUCUGUAUUAAGAUGCCACCACCACUACUACCCAAAAGCUCCAAACUGGAGCCUGAGAAAGCUCAGCCUAACAAGAUUGUGCCCAGUGAGGAACAUCAAUCUGAAAAGAGUGGAGAGGAUAACCAUACAACAUCUUCACCUUCAUUCCAAGACACAGCAAAAAAGAGAUCAGCUUUUGAAGAUCUCACUAAUGCUUAUGAAAGUCAAACUGUCCAGUUAAAGCAGGAAGACAAUACAGAGCUUAGGAGCCAUGCUUCCAAGAGGACAAGCAAGGAAGUUGGCGAAGUUACUCAGAUAAAAACUUCUAAGUUGGCACUUGUUACCUCAGUGUCAAACAUAGAGAAACAGUUUAUUCAGGAUAUACCCACCAAGUCUAAAGCACUAACUACUGAGAAACCAUCUGUCUUUCAAAAGACAUCAGUUUUAAAUGAGAAACCUGCUACUGAAGAAACAAGCCUUAUGAAGAAGACAUUGAAGAAGCGUGCAUAUCAUCGUGAUAAAUUUCUAAAGGAGCAGCCAGUAACCUUGCUGGAGGAGACAGAAGUUUACGAUGGGCUUGAUACAGAGCUGAUGACUUCAGAAAUGAUGGAUGAGCCUAAAGAAGCAGACACCAUUAAGGAGAUGAUUGAUUCAAAGAAGCCUGCCACCAGGAAGGCAACUCUCACCUCGAAGGCGACUUUCACCUCAAGUCCAUUAUCUUUAAAGAAUAAACCUGCUAUUCAAGAAGAGAAGUCUACUAUUCGAGGGAAGAGUUCAUUCAGAAAGAAAUCAUCAGAAUUAAAGGUGGUAACCACUAGAGAGAAAUCAGUAAUUAGAAAGCUGUCUUUCAAGAAAAAGCAUCCUGCCAAAGAGAUGAAAUCUUUGAUACAGGAACCAUCUUUACUGAAAGAGACAUAUAAUGCUCAAGGGGAGGCAAGCAUCUUGAAGAAGCCAUUGGUGUUACAAGAGAAUACAAAUAAUAAAGAUGACAUUUUGACAGAGUCAGUUACUUUUAAAGGGAAACAUAGUACCAAUGAAACAACCCAUACACAAAAGCUAAUUUCUAAAAAUAAUCGUGACACUCAGGGGAGCAUCAUUAAUUUUAGGUCACUAGGAAUUCAGCCAGUUACCCAUGAACAUGAGCCAUCGUCCUUUAAGAAGUCUACCACUAAGAAACAUUCCCAUUUCCAGGGGCCAACUGCAUUGCCAGACAAGCAUAUUGCUCACGUGGAGAUGUCCACUGUGGAGAAGUCCUUGGCUCUGCAAAAGCCUACCACUAAGGAAAAGGUGUUGUAUUUUCAUGGAGCUCCAGUUUUGAAGAAGCAGCGUAGCAUGGAAGAGGCCCCUCGCAUGAAGAAGCACUCAUCUUUAAAGAAGAAACAGCAUCUCCCUAAAAGAAGACAUUUCUUCAAUAACCCUGCAGCACAAGAGCCAGUUACAAAUGAGCCAUUGUCCUUCAUGAAGUCUACCACUGAGAAAGAGCCCCCUUUCCAGAGGCUGUCUGCAUUACAAAAGAGGCACACUAGUCCUGGGGUAUUGUCCAAGCCAAAGAAGCUCUGUGCCCCAGGAAAGCAUCACAUGGAGGAGGAGUCACAUUGUCAGUCAGCUUCAGCUUUUAAGAAACGAUGCAUCAUGGAGGAGCCAGCCUUCACCUACAAGCCUUUAGCUGUAGAGAUGCAGCAGACUUUUUCUCAAGGGACAAUGUUCCAUUUAAUAGAUCCAGCAAUAUUACAGACAGCCACUUCAGGAGCAGAGUCACUGGCUAAGGAGCCACUGCCAUUUAAGAAAGAAAAUACAGCUAUACCGAAAAAAAAGUGUGCUACUCACAUAACCCCCCUCUGGCCAGCACAGGCAGAGUGGCUGGAAAAAACUGAUGAAAAUAAGAAAUUGUUCUCUCCAAAGCCUGGAUCACUUAGGAAUGAAACCGUAACUGGGUUCCAACAGAAUCCAUCUUCACUGAAUAAAAAGUGCUCUAUUCUGCAGAAACUACCCCUCCCAAUGUCAUUGAACUCACAGAAGACCACCAGUCAAGAAGGGGCAUAUAGUAAGGAAUCAGUGUCUUUAAAUGAUGACAAGAUGUUCUUCUCUCCAGAGCUAUUUUCUCCUUAUAGUUCUGCUGGUGAAGAUACCUUUAAAUCCCAGACUGAUGGAAAAAUGGGCUCCCACAGAAAACUUUUUGACUCACAGGACAGUGUUUCUGAAGAAGAGAUAUUUUUAAGAAAGCUCUUUUGUAAGGACAGAUAUCCUUCCUCUGCAGAAUCGAGCCAAGAGAGGACUGUUGCUCUAGAGCAGGAAUUUGUCCUAAAUAAGAUAUUGGAAGAAAACAGCAGUGAUGUUGAUGAGUGUCUUGGUUAUCAUUCACUGAACUUUCAAUGCUUUCCCAGUCCUAAGGUGGAGUCCACUGUGAAACCUUUAAACAUGCAGGAGGAUCACAGUAUGGAGAAGAUGGCUGUCCUUAUGAAGCCAUUGAUCACACAAGAUAAUUCUACUGAGGAGGUUGUCCCCAAUAAGUACACCACUGACACACAAGCUCACUACAAGCAAUGCUGGCCCUUGCAGGAGACAGCAAACUUCAAGGAGGAGACAAUUGCUUCACAGGAGCAGCCCCGAGCUGAGCUGGUGACUGUCCUGAAGGAGCUGCUGGUGAUAGUGAAGAGGCCUGAUGUGGAGAAGGUAGCCUUGGCCUUUCAGAAGAAACCACCCAGUAACGUCGAGGUUCUCUUGAACGAAGUGUUGGAAUUGUUGGAGAAACCUAAAAUUGGGGGAGAAUCUACUCUGGAGGAGCCCUGGGCCUUGCAGGAGAACCCUAGCACUACAACAGAGGCUACCCUGAAGAAACCAUUGCCCUUGAAAGAGAAUCCCAGCAUUGAGAGGGCAAGUCCGAAGGAGUUUUUGACUUUUGAUCGUAAACCCGACACUGAGAAGGAUGAUGUAACCAGAAAGACAUUAAAUGUGGAGGAGUCCACUGAGACACUGGCAUUGUACGAGGGACUCACUGCUGCAGACCAAUUGUUCUUUACAGACCUACUAACUAUGGAAGACACUAGUAUUAUUGAUGAAGAGGAGUUUUUCAAAUCAUUCUUUGCAUUUCCAGAAGCGAAUAACACUCAUAUGCCCAUCAAUGCUUUAGAAUCCCGAGCAGGCGAUUACAGUGCUCUUGUACCCGUUGAGGAGACGCUCAGUCCCGUCAUGAGUUCCAGCUUAUAUCAUUAUGUUUUCAAUGACCUGAAGUCAGCUGUGGGUGAAAGACAGACUGAGGUAAUCGUACUGGAAGACAGUGACACAGUGGAAAGUAUUGAAAAGGAAGACUGUAAUCCAGCACUCAACUCUAUAUAUAUCAAGGAAAUCUUCAUUUAUUUGAGGAAGAGAGAGGAAAACUUCAUAGUUGUGAAAUACAUGGACAUGCAGAUGGAACUCACCAGUGAUAUGAGAGCCAUUCUUGUGGACUGGUUGGUGGAAGUACAGACAUCCUUUCAGAUGAAUCAUGAGACCCUGUUUUUGACAGUAAAGCUAGUGGAUCACUACCUAAUGAAGGAACAAUGCAAGAAGGAUAACCUACAACUCCUUGGUUCCACUGCCUACAUGAUUGCAGCCAAAUUUGAGGAAUCCUAUCCACCUUCUCUGCCAGAGUUCCUUUAUAUUUGUGAAGAUCUUUAUCAGCAACGUGAUAUGGUUGCCUUGGAAAUGAACAUCCUGAAAACCCUCAACUUUGAUAUCAAUAUUCCCACUGCAUAUAUUUUUCUGCGUAGAUAUGCUUCGUGUGUCCGUGCUAGCAUGAAGACACUAACCUUGUCCCGCUUCAUCUGUGAGAUGACCCUGCAGGAAUAUGACUAUGUCCAAGAGAGGCCUUCAAAACUAGCUGCAGCCUCCUUUGCCUUGGCCCUUUACAUGAGGAAUCUCAACAAUUGUAUUCCUUUACUGGAACAUUAUACUGGCUACGAGAUCGCUGAGCUUCAGACCUUGGUCAGAAAGCUGAACAAUUCACUAAUUUUCCAACCCCAUAAUUGCCUCAAGAAUGUGUAUGAGAAGUAUGCUGAAGAGACCUUCUUUGAAGUCUCCAAAAUACCUCCUUUGGACAAGGACACUCUAGAGGAGAUUUUGCUGUGGUCAUUACUGGGCUGAGGACCUCUGACAACAGCUGUCAGGACAGACAUAUACAUAGGCUGCAUUUAUUCAUGUAUCUUAUGCUUAAAAUGUUUUAAAUUGGUUUUAUGAAAGAAAAGAAACUGUUUGUUAUAUUUGUUUAAAAAAGUUAAUAAAAAUGCAAUGGUUACUAGAA